UUUGGUUACCUAGCAACGGAAUCAUAUGAUUUUCACUCACGUUGAGUUUUUGUUUUGGUUUCAAUCAAAUUGUUACAUUUAAUUUCUUGAUCAAUUUGUGAAUUAAUUUAGUUUUGUUUAGUAUUUUGUAUCUGUUAAUUGUCAAGGGUUUUGUUGGAUUAUCACAUUGAAAUGGGCCGAAAGCAGAAACGUUUUAAAUCUCAGGCAAUUUAUCUUCCGUGAAUCCAAGGAUGGCCUCACUUCGAGAUGGUAUUGACCAAGAUAAUGAAACAAUUAGAAAAUUGGAGAAAAAAUUAGGAUUCAAGAAGAAGAAAAAUGCUACCGCUCGGUGUUUUGAUGAAUUCGGUUUAAGUGAUGUUUGGUCGAUUAUUGAUCAAGUUGAGAAAAAGGAACCAGAAGAAAAAGGAUCAGAGGAUCGUUCAAAGAAGAGAAAGAAGUUUCAAAAAGAACCAGUGGAAGAAGAUGAUUUCUCUGAGGAAGAUGAAGAAAAAAUGGACAGUGAUGAUGGAAUGGACUCUAUGGAAGAGGAAGAAAGUCAAGAUGAAGAAAAAAGUGAAGAGGAAAGUAAUGAACUGAAAGAAGAUAUUUAUGGAAGAUUAAAAGAUAGAAAAGGAAACAUCAUCAAAAUGGAAAAGCCGAAAAUAAAAUUCGAAACGUUUUCCAAUGAGGAGAUCGAUGAAAGAGCAAUGAAAAGAGUCCGUGGCCUUUUGAAUCGUUUAUCAUCUUCUAAUUUGAUGACAAUCUCUUCAAGUAUUGAAGAAAUACUCAAAGAUUAUAGUUUAUUUCAGGUCACAUUAUGUUUAACGAAAUGUAUCAACAAUCAACUAAUCCAAGAAGCCUUUCUAACCCCUCAGAGAUUAAUCAGUGAAUAUGCCAUGUUAAUCGCUGUUCUCAAUACUAAUGUUGGCGAUGAAAUCGGUGGACAUAUAAUCCAUCAAUUUAUCAAACAAUUGGACAUCAUGUUAAACCAAUUAACUGAUAGUAAGGAAGAUGAAGAAUCUAAAAUAAUUGAUAAUUUGGUUGCCUUCCUUUGCUAUUUACAUGCAACUGGUAUUAUCGAUUCAAACCUUAUAUAUGAUAUCAUGGAAAAACUGACCAACCGAUUCAAUGCUAAAUGUAUCCAAGUAAUUUUGACCACUCUGAAAAUGAUCGGGUUUAUCCUUCGUCGAGGUGAUCCAGUUAAAUUGAAGAAAAUGAUUCUCGAUAUUCAAUCUCAUGCAGCUCAAUAUGAAACUCAAGACAAGCGAAUUGUUUUCAUGCUUGAAGCAUUAGCAGCAAUUAAGAAUAACAAUGUAAACAAAUUGAACAGUUUAAACGAAGAUAAUCCAAUUUCUUCAAUUGACACUACAACCCUUCGUACCACAAUUAAGAAUGGAUUAAGAACCAAGACUUCGGUCUCUUGUAUUCCUGGAAGAUACAAUGAAGUAAUUCAAGGUAAUCGUUGGUGGAUUAAUGGUGGAUUACUAUUGGAAUCAUCUUCAAAGUCUGAAAUCGACAAAGAAUCACAAUCAUCAUCAACAUCGAAAGUAACUCAAUCAACACCUUCAACACAAGAAAGUCAAGAAUCAGAUGGAAAAUCCUCCGAACCCGAUUUAUGUGAAAAGUUAUGUUCCAAGCUACGAUUAGUUACACCUCUUCGUAAAUUAAUUCUUAAAUCGUUGCUUAAUUGUGAAGAUUACAUUGAAUGUACCCAUAGAUUGGUGAAAGUUGGAGGUAAACAAUUUUCCGAAGUAAUCAACGUUUGUCUCCUUGUCGCUUUGAAGGAGAAAAAGUUUAAUCCAUUUUACAUUUACCUGUUCAAACAAUUAACCUGUUGUGAUCGUAAAUUUAAAUUAUCUUUACUCUAUUCACUUCGAGAUCGUCUCAAUGAACUGGACCGUUUAUCGUCCAUUGAGAAAAGUAACUUAUCAAAGUUAAUCGUUGAACUAUUGAAACUUGACGCUAUUCCAAUUACCGUUUUAAAAACCUUCCAAUUCAGUGAUUUGAGUGAAGAAUCAGUUGAAUUGCUUAAAUCAAUUUUAAUUCCUGUUUUCACCUCAGAUGAAUCGGUUACAAGUAAAAUUUUAUCUAAAAUGAAACCGAAAGAUCCUUUCGCAAUUGCGUUGAAAUUGUUCAUCUCAUGUUUCAUGGAUUCAAGAUACAAGGAGAAAAUGUUAUUUUUGAAAAGAUAAUUAAACUAAUCAAUCAAUAGAGUUACAUUUUCAUACCAAUGUACAAUUAACUCAAUCGUUCUGUACAAUAAAGACUCAUGGAGGAGAAGAAAAAUUGAA